AUGUUCAGUACUGUUGCUCGCAGAGCGGUAGCUCAAUCUGCUCAAUGUGCUUCUCGUCGCUCAUUGGCCACAUCGUUGCGCUCAUUUCAGGAGCUUAACACCAGGCCAGGCACUCCAGUCACCUCGCAACCGGUCAAACGAAACCUUGGUGCUCCACCAGUGUCACCUGAGGUUAAAGAAGAAGCCAAGAGAAUCAAUGAGAUUCCAGAAGAGCCAACCCCAAAGAAAAAGAAGUUCUCUCUUACUGGGUUCUUGCUCAAGACCAUCUUGUUGACCUCUGUUGUGUAUGGCGCUACCUUGUUUGCUGCAACCAAGAACGAUAAGGUCAUGGACUUUGUCAUUGACAAGGAUUUGCCAUACUACGAGGAAUUAAUUGACUUCAUUGAAACCGGUUCCACCGCAGAAUUGCAGAGAUCUUUGGGUAGAAUAAAGCUUCCUUCCAAGGAUCAGAUUGACCAAUUGACCUCCAAAAUCGAGAAAGGCAGCGAAACUCUCAUUAAGGAGACCAAGAGUAAGCUUUCUAAGAAACCCCACUACACUACUCCCGAGGAACAGUUGCAGAAACCUGUUGAAGUUGAAUCAGUGGGUGAAGUUAUUGAAAAAUUGCCAAUGAUCAAAUUGAAAGACGGUCUUCACGACAUUGCCGAUGAAUCUGUCAAAAGUACUAUUCAGUCCUUCAAUGAUUUGAUUGCGUUGGUAGAUGCCUCCAACGUUGGCCCCAAGAAGGAUGCAUUGAUCAAAAACAUCAACGAAAACGUUCAUGCUUUAACCUCCAAAUUGAUGGCAUUGAAUACCUCGUUGGAGGACGAGCUUCAAAAGAGACUCAAGAGUACUAAGACCGAAUUGCUUUCCGCAUACACGCAAAAGGAACUAGAAUUGACUCAAAACUUGUUGGACCAAUUCAACAUCGAAAAGUCUAACUUAGAGAAGAAAUAUAAAGCUAGAGUUACCCAGGAGGUGGAGGCGGCCAAACAAGCCAUCACACAGGCUGCUGUAAACGCCACUACCAUGGUGAGAGUCGAGCAAACAAGAAAAUUCGAGCAAAUGGUCAAGCAAAAGAUUGAUGAUGAGAGGGACGGCAGAUUGAAAAACUUAGAAGCCUUGAACAGUAGAUUAGAGGACCUCGAAAACUACGCACAAGCCUUAGAGCAACAAGCUGUUGCCGCUAGUAACAGAGGUGUCAUUCAACUGGCAUUAAACAAGUUAAAGUCACUAAUUUUUGCUACAGAUGCAAACACUCCCGCAAAAUUCUUGACACCAUACGUUAAAAAGGUUGACGAAGCAACCGCCAAGAGCGACAACGAAGUAUUUCAGCUCGCGUUAAAGGAGUUGGAACCAUUACUUUCAAAUCAAUCCAACCAGUCAAUCUUAUCUAUUCCUCAAUUAUUGACUGCUUGGGAGCAACUCACGCCCGAGUUGAGAUCGGCUUCAUUGUUGCCUCCUAAUGCUGGUUUGUUGGGACAUGUUGCGUCAGUGAUAUUUUCCAAGUUUUUGUUGCCUGUAAAGGGCAACAAGCCUGAUGGGAAAGACAUCGAGUCGGUGAUCGCUAGAGUUAACCUGAGUUUGGUCCGCGGUCAAUUAGACGUUGCUGUGGAGGAAGUCGCCAACUUGAAAGGAUGGAGUAGAAAAUUGGCAGAUGACUGGGUGAGAGAAGCUAGAGUGAGGUUGGAGGCUGAGUACUUGAUCAGCUUGAUUGAUGCUGAGUCGAAGAUUAUGUAA